CUUCUCAUUCUUAUCUGUAAUGACGUCUUGAAUAUAACCUUAUGCACUUUUAAACUUUCUGAACAACAGGAUUCCUUAUAAAAUUUCUAAUAAAUUCUACGAUGUAGAUAAUAUGGAAAAAGUUCAAUGAAAGUAUAGUCAUUUGAACAAGAAAAAUAAAAUCAGUAUUUUUUAUAAGUUUAAUGAAAAACUAUAUUUAUUAUGUGGUAGAAGAAACUUACGUUUAGUAAUUUUUUAAAAUGACUGAUGAACAGAUAGCAAAAGUUGUGAAUGCGCCACAAUGCCAAUUCUAUGUGCUCCGAAAGAAGAGGCUUUGCCGAAUGACUGUACGACCAGGGCGACAGUACUGCGGUGAACAUGAGCCUAAACCCACAACUGAAGAUGGAUCGGUUGAUAAUCGCAUUCCAUGCCCAAAUGAUCCUAAACACACAUGCUAUGCCAGCAAGCUAGAGAAACAUCUGAAAAUUUGCAACGCCAGACAAGUCGAGCAGCCCCCUUACAUCAUUCCAAACAUCAAUGCACCUCUGGAGGGUGAUGCAGGCCCCAGGAAACCCCUCGCUGAAGUAUCAAGGGAAGAUCUCAUGCAGCUUAUUGAUAAAGUCAAUCUGUUGUAUGAAAAGUAUGUGCAAGAUAACAUAGCAACUUUUCCGGAACAUCCGAUCCACGCAGCGGUGCAGGCGGACUUUAACGAAAGUAAUCGCACAGAGAGCUCGCGGCGGCAUCUCCGGCAGGUCUCCAGCCUGCUGUGGAUCGUCGAGGAAGAGGGUCUAGCAGGGGACCAAACUUGUUAUGUAGAGCUGGGAGCUGGCAAAGGGCGGCUGUCGGAGUACGUGGCGGCGGCGUGGCGCGGGGCGCGGGUGCUGCUGGUAGACCGCGCGGCGCUGCGCCACAAGCGCGACGGGCGGCUGGCGGCGCGGCUGGCUGCGCGACCGGCGGCGGCGGCGGCGGCGGCGGCGGCGCGGCGGCUGCGCGCCGACCUGGCGCACGUGGCGCUGCGCCACGCGCCGCUGGCCGCACACGCCACCCGCCUCGUGGCGCUCGCCAAGCACCUGUGCGGCGCCGCCACCGACUAUGCCCUGCGGUGCGUGGUGAACGAGGACGAGGAGUGCGAGCGCGAGGCUGGCGGUGCUGGUGCUGGUGCUGGUGGUGCUGGUGGUGGUGGUGGUGGUGGUGACGGCGGGCGGCGGCGCGGGCUGGUGGUGGCGGCGUGCUGCCACCACCGCGCGCACCGCGCCUCGUACGUGGCGCGCGCGCACCUCGCGGAGUUGGGAGUAAACGAUGCCGAUCUGGACAUAAUGCUGGGCAUCGUGUCGUGGGCGACGUGCGGCGACGGGCGCAGCCGCGACUCGCGCGGCGGCCGCCGUGACGACGCGCACAGCAACACUAACACUCAGGACAGUAUAGAAGUAAAAGAACAGAAGUUAAGUCAGGAGUGGCGCGAGCGCGUGGGCCGGCGGACGAAGGCGCUGCUGGACUGGGGCCGCGUGCUCUACCUCGAGGAGAAGGGAUUCGACGCUCGUCUUUGUUAUUACGUGCCCACCUCGGUGUCGCUGGAAAAUAUGUGUAUUAUUGCUAAAAAAGUUAGAUGAGUGUGAGGAAGUGUCCUUCGCAUAAAUAUAAAUAAAUUAAUUAGAUAAUUAUUUUUAUUUCAAUACACUUAAUAAUUAUUAGCGGCUCCUUCCGCUGCUAUGACAAUAAUAUUCCAAUGUAUGUUACUCACUGAUAUAAUGUAGUUCUGUACAAAUUAAAGUUUUUAUGAUUGG